AUGGAGCUAUCCAGACUUCCAGACGACGCAUCAAGGAUACAGACCAUUCAAAGAUUUAUGAGUGUCCAACCGGCUUGGACUCCAGGCCAGGAGCUUCCUUGGGACGCUGUCGGUAUUCAGCCGCCCAGAAUUACAAGAGGGGCUUAUGGCGCUGUCGUAUACGCACAAGCUUCACUCGCAGCAGCUCGUGUAGUUGAACAAGAAGAUGAAAGUGGACAAAUAGAAAACAGGAGAGGCAUUCAUUCGAUUCAUGCUGUCUUUACAAACCCCGGACUUUCAGAUCGUCCUUUCAUCCUCGAUGUCUCAGAAGUUCAUUCGAGUCGUUCAUUUUCCACACGCCUCGUCCAUGCUCGUCAACCAACGCAACCUUCGACAAACCCAUCAGGACCCUUUCCCAAAUCAGACUCUGAAGUGCCCCUAGGCAACGCUUGCUUGACGAGUAUCAUCACUUUCAAACGACCUGUUCUUACCACUGAUCAGAUCCAAGGGAUCCCACCUCAGGAGAGGUUCAAAGACAUUCUUUCCUCAAGAAAUCCCGAUGAAUGGGAUCCAUGUCCGCAGGCUGACAUUGAUGCCCUGAAAGCAAAGUUCCCAAAUGAAGGCCAUGGUGCAUUCCCUAUUCUGGACAUGCACAAAGUCGACAUGUCGGCGUUCAAUGCCAAUAAGGAAAUACCCGAGCGGAGAGAAUUGAUCUACUAUCGAUUGCUCAAGCCUCUUGCUAGACAGGAUAUCAAUGCCCAUAUUCUAUGUCAUGCGUUCGAGGCAGAUCGUAAUAGUCUGUUCAUGCUCGGCAAUCACCUGGGCUAUGGUCACGAUCUGGGCAUUGCAGCGAGCCUGAGUUAUUCUUUUUACGUUCACGUCAAUGCCGAAGAAGCAGUUAUGGAAGGUAGUAAGUGGUGGAUACAAGAGGCUUCUUGGCCACGCUUCAGCGCAGGCAGAGGCGCAAUGGAGAGCUUGAUCUGGAGUCCAGAGGGGAAGCAUAUCGCGACUGGCUAUCAGGAUGGUAUCGUACUGCCAAUGGCAUCAAAUCCAGAGCGAGAGCGAGAGACAAAACUGUAA